UUAGAUCUUUUCUUCAAGAAAUUUCUAAAGAUUUACCCCAUUCUGACACGUCAUCUGAAAUAGAAGAAAUACCUUCCUUGACUUUCGGAAAAGCAGAUGCAAAAAAACUUAAAGAGUUACUAAAGAUACCGAUCGCCCUAUGCACAGCACAGAAUAAGAUAGUUGCUGAAAUUAAAAAAUUACUCCUCAGUGGUACUUCUAUUAAUGUUAUAAAGAGAAGAAUUGCUACAGCUCUAAAGAUUUAUGAUAUCUUUAGCACAAUUGAUAACAAAUCUAAAUUUAGAAUAGAAAGAGAAAGUUCAAAUAUAUGGACAGACUUCGAUGUAUUGCAGAGCAAUGACCCAAAGGGUUUUAAUUCUGUUGGGAGUGGUGCUAUCAUUAGUCUUAGAGGUGGUGCUAUUGUUAGUCUUGGGGGUGGUAGCAUCGUUAGUCUUGGAGGUAGUAGCAUCAUUAGUCUUGGGGGUGGUGCUAUCUUUAGUACUCAUUUCACAGUUUUAAUUAAAAAAUAUAAUUUUCAUGAAAAUUAUUCAAGUCUUCUUACUCAACUAUCACCUUCAUUAAUAAAAGCUGGAUGGAAUCAGCUUACAACUCGAAAAAAAAAUCCAUUAUCAGAAAGAGAAGCCAGUAGUAUUAGCUCUAUUAUAGAGGCAUUUUUAAAGCAUGAAGUUGAUAGAUACCAAAGAAAUAAAAAAUCUCAAUAUAAUCCUACAAUAGAAUCUCGAAUCUCUGAUUCUUCCCCUAAUAGCUUGCUUCAUAGACCUGAAGAGUUAUACUCUGAAGAAGAGAUUAAUGCUAGAAUCAAAGAAGCUACAGAUAAUUUACAUCAAGAAUUUAUUAAAUCUACUGAAGAAACCUUAAAAACUAUUAAGCAACAGAAAGAUAUAGAAUGCAAUCAAAUUAAGAUAGAUAUGGCUAAUUGGAGUACAAAAUUAUUUGAACUUUCAUUAAAAAAAUAUAUUCAAGAUGGUACUAUAUAUAAUUUUAUUCAUGCAUUAGAAGAAAAAGAUUGUAAAUCAUAUUCUAAUAUAUCUUGGAAAAAGUGA